UUCAAACAACAUAUUAAUGAGACGGACCCAGAACGAAUAAAAGAAAUAAUAAAAAGAUCCUACGAAGAUACAAAUUAUGUAAUAAAUAAGUACUUAGGAAAGAAGUAAACAUGUUUUCAGUUCCGCUAGUUACUAGUACCACAGUUAUAACACCCUCAGUAUUCUGGGACGUUGUAAUGUUAUAUCACAAUAGGCCUCACGUAGUAAACCGUAAGCUUCUAGCUGCAUCUCAAGUUCUGUUUUACAAAAUAAACUUUCAUUCUAAGAGCAUUGCACAUAUAUGUGAAAUAUUUACACGUUCUGCAGUUCUGUAUGAAAUGAGAAAAUUGAAGAAACUUACGAGGGAAAAUGUUUCCGAAAGCUUCCUUAGAGGACUCUUGGAGUGUUACGACAAAAAUGUUACUUUAAAUGCUGUAUCUACGAAUGAUUUCAACGAACGAUGUGAAGGAAUUUUUAUAUCAGUCAGAAUUUUAAUAUCGAGGAAAAGUAGUAACGAAUGUAUGGAAAUAGUAAUUUUUGACAAAAAUGAGAACACUGCGACAUUUUUGGCUGUAAGUGAAAAACAUGCACAUCCCUUGGCUCCUCCGUUUCCAUACAACGUCGAGCUGACAUCCUCUGGAAAUCUAAGAAUAAAAUUACUUAAUUUUGAAGAUGCGGAUACCGCACAUGCCGAAUGGAUCGCAGCCAAGCUGUUUCCAAAACUUUUAAAAUGGACAGACGAAGACAUGGAUUUAACUGACACCACAGGUUCUCUAUCAUUGAUAUCCAUUGACGAUUACUCUUGUACUUACGGACGGAUAAAAUCCAAGUACGGAAAUGAUUUAGUGAAGGAAUGGCCGAAAAAGACUAACACAGACCCAAAAAAAUAUGUAUUCGAGGAUUUGGCUAUAGCAAGUUAUUUAAUAUGUUUAUGGAGAAAAUAUGAGUUCAGUGAUAUCAAAUUUGUAGAUUGCGGAUGUGGGAACGGGCUUCUUGUUUAUAUUUUGAACAAGGAAGGGUAUAAGGGCUAUGGCGUAGAUAUAAGAAGGAGGCCAGUAUGGGAUAUUUAUCCCAAGGAGACACAGCUCAAGGUGGGGACAGUUACCCCAUCUUCUGUAUUCGCAAACUGCACCUGGAUAAUAGGCAACCACUCGGACGAGCUAACGCCCUGGAUUCCGGUGAUAGCUAUGAAAAGUUCACCGCAAACGAAUAUUUUUGUUAUCCCUUGUUGCCCCUACGAUUUCAGCGGACAGAAAUACGCCAGAACUAAUUCAUUUGUCAGUCAGUAUUCCGACUAUUUCGAUUACAUAACGAAUAUUUACAACACGUGUGGUUUCGAUACGAAAACAGAUAAACUCAGAAUACCUUCUACUAAAAGGAGAUGUUUGGUAGGAGUGAGGAAAAAGCUUAGCGAAGAUGAAAUGAAUAGGAUUAAUUCUGAUGUAAAUACGUUUAUUGAAUCUCGUUUAUCGUCGACUAAUUUUAAGGCUAGGCCAAACACUGAAGCUGUGAGAAACUGUACACAAUUAAAUAGGGAUUUAAUCCAUAGAUUAAUUUGUGCUUGCGUUAAUAGUUUAUUAGUUCAGAAGAAUUAUAUAAAGAAAGCAAACGGAAACGACUGGAAUAAAGGUAGCAGCCUCACUAUAGCAGAUUUAUCCAAGGCGAUAGGAAAAGACAAUUUGAAACAAUUAAAAGAACAAUGCGGAGGACUGCAGACGCUUCUCAGAAAUCAUAGAUAUCUUUUUGAUAUUCGCAGGGAUGUCGUAUAUUUAAGGGAACCGCCUGUAUUGAGUGAGGAUACGAAAAAAUAUAAGGGUAAGCCUUGUUGGUUUUGGAGACACCAUCCUGAUGGUUGUCUGCAUAGUUCAAGUGACUGUUCUUUUAAACAUGGAGAUUAAAUAUAUGAUAUAACUAUUAUGUUGGUUCUUAUUAUUGAUAAUAAAGUUUAAAAAAUUA